AUGGCGCUGAAGCGGUCACGAUCUAGGUCCAGUGAGCCACCUGCACCGCUGGCGAAGCGCCAGCUCCCGUGGCCGACGGGGAGAUCGCCUUCCGUGCCCAAGGUUAGCCUUAUCGGCAUUAUCGCUGCCAGGCGGUCCGGUAGGCUGCGCGGCCAGGCGGCCUCACGGUGGUCUUCGGUGGUCCCGCGGCCCGGGACACCACCGCCGUCUCAGCCGACCUUGUUCCGGUCGAGUACGUCGUCGGAGCCGGCCGACGAACCCCAAUCGCCUACGGAGCGCGUCCGCGACGACGGUGGCCGCAAGAGGAAGAAGGCGCUUUUAUCUAGUCAUGCAGGAGCACGGCCAAGGCCACGGCCACGGCGUUGUCUCCACUACGGCCUCGUCGAGGUCUCCGGCAAGAUCUACGCCGCUGACAUGCUCACCGAGGAUCCGCGGUGCGUCGUCCUUCGCUCGGCGGCGGCGGCGGCGGCGAGAGACGAGCGCGUCGGGUGGACAUCCCUGCCGCGGCCUCCGUUCCGCGAUCGCAUCCUGACGCUCGCCGCGUACCCGCUGCGCCGCGGCCUCCUAGCCUCGACGGAGAAAGGCGAGACGUUCCUCCUCGACGGCCGCCGCCGGGGCGGUGCGGCGUGGAUCGCGCUGCCCGGGUCGGCGCGGCUGCCGUGGGAAGAGCGCGCCGUGUACGCCAAGGACCACGACCUGUGGUUCGAGGUGUCGCCGAACGACGGGCGUCUGCGCGCGCACGAACUCGACGUCGUCCUGGGCUCGGGCGUUGCUCCCAGACUGGAGCAGAAGACGCACCGGGUGUCGGACCCCAUACCGGUGAUCACGCCGCGCGCGCGCGGCGGGGCGACGCGGAGCGCCAAGCUAGUCUACCUCGGGAGAAGCAUGUUCUGCAUCGUGCAAGCCGACGGCAUAGGAGCGGGCGGCUGUCCUGUCACCGUGACGGUGUUCAGGGUGAUCGACUCCGAGAUGCCGGUGACACUGGUGGAGAGGAGGCGUCGUCGGCGCCGGGAACGCGGGAUGAACGCGAGAUGGGUUGCCGCCGAGCUGGAGCGCGCGUGCGCGGACAAGGCGUCCGGAUCUGGUCGGAGGUAA